AUGGGCGCGCCGGACACAUCAUGGGUGUUCGCGGACCUCGCCGUCGCCGACAGCUCCAGGUACAGUACCCGCUCGCGGCUGCUCCUCACGGGGCUCUCCUUCGCCAUCGGCAUCCUCACCCUCCUCCUCUACCUCGCCGUCUCCUAUGCCUGCCGCCGCCGCCGCCGUUGCCGCCGUCAGCGCGGCGCUGGCGCGGGUGCAGGUGCGAAGGACCAGGAGGCCGGCAUGAGCGACGCGGCGAUCGUGUACGAGCAGGCCGACGCGCAGUCGGCGCCCAUGGACUGCGCGGUGUGCCUCGGGCAGGUGGAGGCCGGCGAGAAGCUGCGUCGGCUCCCCAAGUGCGCGCAUCUGUUCCACGCCGACUGUGUCCACGCCUGGCUGCAAGCGCACUCCACCUGCCCCAUGUGCCGCGCCGCCACCACUGGCAGCACCCCGGCCACGGCAGCGGCGGCAGAGGCGCUGCCACCUGGUGUGGUUGCAGCUGGAAGCACGCCGCCUGCCUUGAACGGAUGAAUUGAAUCACACUGACCGGAGAAUAGCUAGAGUGAUGGAUAGACUAGCGACGCUGACUGGAGAAUAGCCAUAGCGUGGUCAUGGCUGCGGCCACGGUGCGUGUACAGGAGUAUGUGCGACGCCGAGUGUGCUUGUAUUACUGUUUUUUUAGGGAAAGUGUGCUUGUAUUACUGGCUCCGUUUCAUAGUGCUCAUACAUAUUUUUUCACAAGAAAAAAAGGCUUCAUAAAUUUUGACCAAAUUUAUAGAGAAAAAAUCCAUCUUUACAAUAUCAAAUAAAUAUAACAUGCCAAACGGCUCCGCUCGAUGUCUCGAACCCGAUCCUAACCUGCCGCCGUCAUGGCCGCGUCGCCGCCUGGCUUACCGAAAGCCUGACCGAACGACACUUUUCAGGAUCUCCACGUGCAAGCCCGACAGAAAGCUCGAAAGCCCUGCCUGAAAUCAUGGAAAAGAGAAGCAUGAGCCUGGCCCGAACUUCCUUUCGAGGUGGAAAAUUAGGCUCGUGCCGGGCUCGGGCUGGGUUGUUAGGU